AUGGCUUCAGAACUCAAUGCUGGUUCCCUCUUCAACGUCGAUGGCGUUGUUGCGGUCGUGACAGGCGGUGCUACUGGCAUUGGCCUCAUGUUCGUCAAGGCUCUGCUCCAGAAUGGUGCUUCCAAGGUAUACAUCGCCGGUAGAAGGAAGGAAAAGCUGGACCAGGUAGCCAGCUCAUUGGGCGACAGGGUCAUUGGGGUUCAGUGCGACGUUACCUCCAAGGAUGACCUUCAGAAUGCUGUGUCACAAAUCGAAAAGGAUGUUGGAUAUAUCAACCUCUUGGUCUGCAACUCUGGCAUUGGAGGACCCCAGGUCAAGCCUAUUACUCCCGAAACGACCUUGGAGGAAUGGGCACAGUCCAACCUCGAUACUGACUUUGAUGCUUACGUCAACACGUUUGCCAUCAACACUGCUUCGGUUUGGUACACCAGCAUGGCUUUCCUCGGGCUGUUGAAGAAGGGUAACGAAAAGACCAAUGUUGAACAGACAUCGCAGAUCAUCGUUACCAGCUCUAUUGCUGCCUUUAACAAGAAGGCUCCUGGUGGUUGGGCUUAUGGACAGUCCAAAGCGGGUGCUGUUCUUGCCGCAAAGCAGCUUGCAGUUGCUUUACCUCAGUGGAACAUUCGUGCCAAUUGUAUCUGCCCAGGCUUAUUCCCCAGUGAAAUGUCGGAGCCAAUUGUCAAGAUGUACUCUGACGAAUCAGGACAACCUGGUGCGAUUCCGACAUCAGUUGCGCCAAUUCGAAGAAUGGGAGACGAGAAGGACAUGUCGGGGACGUUUCUGUAUCUCGCUUCGAGAGCAGGUGGAUAUUGCAAUGGCGCAGUUAUAGUGGUUGAUGGAGGUCGAUUGGGCAACUUUCCCACUACAAACUAG